AGGCGGCAGAAAACCCCUGUUUGGUUGCAUCCCUUUCUCAGGGAAAGGAUACAGGAUUCCCAAAAUUCGUGUGAGUGAGGAUAGUAGAUUCGCUCAAUAGACCUGAGGUGCUCCUUUCUAGGUUUUUUGACCGGAUGUAGCUGUAACAGAGGGUUACAGGAAGAGCGAUAAUCCGCUUUGUGUCCGGCAGAAGCGGGGAAGUGGCUACAUUGUGUCGCUUGUUCUUGCUUCAUUGUAAAGCCAACAGGCCUGUCUGGAGAUAACUUGCUGUGGUCUCACCUUUCCCUCCACCUCCUGAUGGACGUCCUUGGCUUCGUGUGUGCCGUGCUCCUGUGCGCUUCUGUGGUGCAGAGUAAGCCUACGUUAAGGAAAGACAGAGUCCAUCAUGAACCAGAUCUGAGCAGGCCGGGCCACGAAGACAAUAACAGCUACCAGUUCGACCAUGAGGCCUUUCUGGGCAAAGAGGAGGCCAGGACAUUUGAUCAGCUCACACCAGAGGAGAGCAAAGACAGACUGGGUAAAAUAGUUGAUCGGAUAGACGGCAAUGCUGACGGCUACAUCACCACUGCAGAACUUAAGACAUGGAUCAAACGUGUCCAGAAGCGUUACGUGUAUGAGAAUGUAGCAAAGGUGUGGUCAGAUUAUGACCUGAACAAGGACAACAAAAUUUCAUGGGAUGAGUACAAGCAAGCCACAUAUGGAUACUACCUAGCAAACCCAGAGGAGUUUCAGGACGCAACAGACCAGUUCAACUUCAAGAAGAUGCUCCCUCGUGACGAGAGGAGGUUUAAAACUGCUGAUCUGGAUGGGGACUUUGCAGCAGAUAGAGAAGAGUUCACAUCCUUUCUCCACCCUGAGGAGUUUGAUCACAUGAAGGAUAUUGUGGUUUUGGAAACCCUGGAGGACAUUGACAAGAACAGCGACGGACAUGUGGAUGAAGAUGAGUAUAUUGCCGACAUGUUUGCUCACGAGGACGGGGGUCCUGAGCCAGACUGGGUCAAGACUGAGCGAGAACAGUUUUCUGAUUUCAGAGACUUGAACAAAGAUGGUAAGAUGGACCAGGAUGAGAUCCGCCAUUGGAUUAUGCCACAGGACUACGACCAUGCUAUGGCCGAAGCCAGACACCUGGUUUAUGAGUCUGACCAGGACAAGGACCAGAUGCUGACCAAAGAGGAGAUCCUUGAAAACUGGAACAUGUUUGUAGGAAGUCAGGCCACCAACUACGGAGAGGACCUCACCAAGAACCACGAUGAGCUCUGAGCUCUCCGUGCACAUGUGUGAGAAUGACUGUUGAACAAAUCUGUGUUUACAGACAGAUUCACCUAUUCCAAGCAUCACUACAACCACCACUCCAUCCUCUCCUCGUGCGACCCGGGACAGAUGUCAGUGUGAGGGAUUGUUUAAGCAAACACUGUAGAGAACAAACCAGAGGAAGGAUGAGUGUUGGUCCCACCAUUAACACUAAAGAGUCCAUCUCGGUUUUGUUUCUGACAUUCAGGAGCAAAGUCAGGCCGAGUGGACUCUACUUUCCAUCGAUGGUGCCUUCCAGCCGCGUCGCCGGCUCUGCUGCCUCAGAGAUCUGUGUACAUAGUCUUGAAUAAAAUUAAGUUGAAUGCUGAGCUUUAUGUGAUAUACAGGAACAGUUUUUGAUAGUAAUGUAAAUGUGAAACUACAGCGCAGAAAAAUACAUUUUAUUCUGAUUUUAUUUAUUUAUCAAACAUGUUGAACUUUGAGAUAAAUUCAUGUAAAACUAGGUUUUUGUUCUUUCAUCAAGACACCAACUGAUUAUUUGUUUACAGUUUGCCUUGCCAAAUGAUUUUAAUGUUCUUUUUGUUACAUUUUUUAGUUAAGUGCUUUAAGAAUUGUUAAUUAAAAGAUGUUUAUUGGCACGGUUUUUGCACGCCUUGGUUUUUUGUGCCUGUGAACUUUUUAGUUUGUUACACUUAGUUUGACAUGUAUUUAUUGCUUUAUUUGAGUUAGCUCCAUCUUAAUUUUGAUUGACUUUUACUGACGUUUUAUCUGAGCUUUACUGUUUACGACUGUUUAAUUUAAUUAAAUCUUUUUGAGUAUUUUAUAGGUUGAUACACAAAAUAAAAUAGAAGAGUUUUCUUGGGUCAUCUCAAAUGAGAGCAUCUAGUUGCAUAAGUCUGAGGUCUUCUCUUGUAUUGCAUGUGUUGAAUUACAUUUGCUCUGUUAAACAUUGAAUAUUACAGCCUGGUGUUAUUGCACAUCUGAAAUACUCUUUUAUCAAAUGUGGUCCUCCUUUUUAUCUGAAUCUGUCACACAUGAGCACAAAUGCUUCAACCUGUUUUUAUUUCAUCACUGCAGAUGCUCAUGAAUUGUCUCAAAAUAAAUAAAGGUUUGUGUAUUUGGUUUGUUUA